AUGGAAGACCAAAGGCAGGAAUCACAAGAGUCACAAGAACCAACAACAUCAGGAUACAAGCUCCCCCCCUGGCGCAAAUGGCUGAUCCUCUUCAUCGUAUCCUGGAUGACCCUCGUGGUGACCUUCAGCAGCACGUCGCUCCUCCCCGCCGCCCCCAACAUCGCAAGCGACCUGGCCACGACCUCGGAGGCGAUCGACAUCACCAAUGCCGGCGUCCUGCUCGCCAUGGGCUUCUCCUCGGUCCUGUGGAGUCCUGUCGCCGACCUCUUCGGCCGCCGCACUGCCUACAAUGCGGCCAUCUUCGUCUUGCUCGUGUGUACCGUCGGCGCCGCCCUGGCCGUCGACAUGGCCAUGUUCACCGUCUUUCGUAUCCUGGGCGGCUUCACGGGCACCUUCUUCAUGGUCGCAGGGCAGACCAUCCUUGCUGAUAUUUUUGAGCCGCUCGUUCGAGGAACGGCCGUGGGUUGCUUCAUGGUUGGAUCGGUCAGUGGACCUGCAAUUGGCCCCUGCAUCGGGGGCAUCAUCGUCACCUUCGCCCACUGGCGCAUCAUCUUCUGGCUGCAGGUGGGCAUGACGGCGCUGGGGCUAUCGCUGUCCCUGCUCUUUGUGCCAACCAUCCAGCAGUCCAAGACGGGAAAGGAGACGCCCUCCUCUGUGCUGGCCAUGUUCAACCCAAUGCGCAUCCUGCGCCAGAUGAUCUAUCCGAACGUGCUGUUCGCCUAUCUCACCUGCGGCCUGCUCGCCUUCUUCCAGUACGCCAUCCUCACCUCUGCCCGCUCCAUCUUCAACCCGCGCUUCCAUCUCAGCACCGCGCUUGUCAGCGGCCUCUUCUACCUCGCCCCGGGAUCGGGCUUUCUCGUGGGCAGCGUCGUGGGCGGCCGUCUCUCUGACCGCGCCGUCCGCAAAUGGAUCCUCCGCCGCAACGGCGUCCGCCUGCCCCAGGACCGUCUGAACAGCGGCCUGCUCACUUUGUUCCUGGUUCUGCCUGUCGCAACCCUCAUCUUCGGCUGGACCCUCGAGGAGGAGGUCGGUGGCAUGCCUGUUCCCAUCAUCAGUGCCUUUUUCGCCGGUGUGGGCUUGAUGGGCUCUUUCAACGGCUUGAACACUUACGCUGCAGGUACUUCCAUUAUCCUUCUCCUUCUCCUUUCUAUGUUGAUACUCAUGCUGCUCUUAGAAGUUCGCCCUCAUCAACGUUCCGAAGUCAUCGCCGGCAAGUACAUCGUUCAAUAUAUCUUUGGUGCGGCAAGCAGCGCCGCCGUCGUGCCCAUGAUCGAUUCCAUAGGCGUGGGACUCACAUUUACAAUCGGUGGGUUUCUUUCUCUCUCUCUCUCUCUCUCUCUCUCACGCUGCUAA